AAAUUUCAACUCCUGGCCUAGGGAACGUCCCAUCAGCACUGCACGACUUCUUCGCGCCGCUCAUUCAUGACGGCACGCACGCCCUACGUCGGGACGGGACUUGGCUCUAUUGCGCUCUCAGGACCGAGCCCUCGCUCUCUUUUCGCCUCACGCCUCCUUUGCACCCGUUGCCACGCGACUUCUGAUGCCUCUCACAGCGACCCCCUCUGCCUCGCCUCGUCCAUCCACACUCGCUAAGAUGGAGGACAGGAAGAGGCCUGCCAUUAGCAGCGCCGAUGACUUGGCUCCUCCUAGCAAGAGAGUCGCUGUCAAUGGAUCCAAGGCCAAGGAAGACGCCCUCGAAAUGAAAGAGGAGGGCUGGAUUGAGGCCUAUACGAAAGGAUCCAUCUAUCGACAGAUGCAAGAAUACAGUCGCAAGGCAGCAACGGCUGAAUCGCGACUCGAAGAACUGCAUAAACGAUCCGUACAUCAUGACGAUCAUUUGAGAAUCAUUGAUGCUUGGUGGCGACAGGUUCUUGAAGAGUUGGAACUCCUCGCAGAGUCGACCGUAUCGUCCUCAUCAGCCUCUUCCGAUCCACCCUAUCUGAGUGGCGUGAGCUUCAAAGACCUCCACGAUUUCCAGAAACACCUCCAAGACAAGGGCAAAGCAAUCAAAUCGAAAGCCGAAACGCUCCUUGCUCGACUGGCUGCCAAGCGUGGAGAGAUCACCCCGGAGGCGGCCGCGCUGGAGAACAAACUUACCAAGCUUCUAGCCACGCAAAAGGAGUACCUGUUCAAACUGGAUCGACUAAGCGGCGAGAAAGACCAACUCUCAGAACAACUGAAUGCGGCUACUUUGCGAUACUUCAAGGCGGAGAAGAAACUGGAUCGGGCCAAGAGCUCACAGGUGCAGAAGUUGGAACAGCAAGCCUUUGCCAGUGCCACCCGCCCGGCAGCGUCCGGGGACAGUGGUUCGGAAGGCUCCGAGGUCAACGGGACAUCUGGUGAGUUGUUGCUCAAGUACGAGGAGGCCACCGCUGCUGCGACGAAGCAAAAGGAGCAGUUGGACACCAUCCUGGCGGAAAUCAAAACCAUGCAGGACGAAAAUUCGAGCCUCAAAGCACGACGGGAAAACCUGACGGACGAGGAUUUCAUUCGAACGGACGUAUUCAAGCAGUUCAAGAGCCAGAACGAGGACCUGAUUAAGCGGAUCAACAACCUGGAAGCCACGAACAAGCAGUUGCGAGAAGAGGCCGAGAAACUACAAGCGGAGCGAUCCGCAUUCCGCACUCAGUUAGAAGCCGACGCGAACCAGGUUACACAGGAGCUUGAAGCAGAAAUUAUGUCUCGAGACCAAGAUCUGGCUCGCGUUCGCUCAGCAAGAGACGAAAUUCUAGCGGAAAACAUGCAGCGCAAGGCAAACAUGGAUCAAGAACGAUCCUCGUUCGACCACGUCAAGGAGCUCGAAAUUUCACACGACGAACUUCGACAAAAGUACAAGAAACUGGAGCAAGACUUCCAGUCCAUCAACCAAGAACUGCCGUCAAUAGAGAAGGCGUACAAGAAGAUGAAGGACCUGGCCCAGAAGAAGGUUCUCGACUUCACUGCCAUGGAGGAAAGAGUGGUGAUUCUGAUCGCGGAAAAGAGCAAGGCGGAUCAGAAGUACUUUGCUGCUCGCAAGGACGCGGACACCAGGAACAACGAAAUCCGAUCCCUCCGACACCAAAAUAGCAAGAGCUCGGAAAUCAUUGCGCAGCUCAAGGACCUUGAAUCGCAAAACCGGACUUUGCUGGGCAACUUGGAGAAGCAGUUGACGGAUCUGAAGCAGGCAAAUGCUACUUUGGUCUCGGAGAACAAGAAGAUGGAGACAACGAGCCUGGAAGCGUCAAAUCCAAGGACGCGGCAUCUGCUGUGGUGAGGGAGCGAAACACGAUGCAGGAAACCGAGGUGGAGAAGCUGAAGGUCCGCAUUGAACACGUGCAGAAGGACCGCGACAACUGGAAGAGCAAGGC